AUGUAAGUUUCUCCUUUGAUAAGAGUGUAGACUUCUGCCUUCACUAAUAGUUCUGCGUUGAGAAUUAAAAAGGAAUAGAUACAACCACAAACCUAAAUGGAUUAAAUUAGUCCUCUAAAAUCUACAGAAGAAAAUGAAUAGUCUCCAUCUAAGAUAAUUAACAUUUAUGCUGAUACUGCCAUCUAUAAUAAUUACUCUACAUUCUCUGAUGUUAAAAACCAAUAAAGUAUUGAAGAAGUUAAGAUUAUUAAGAGCUAAACUUAUAAUUAAAUGUCUCCUGAUGAUGCUGGACAUAAUUAUUGUGAAAGACAAAAAAUUAUAAGUGAUCCAUAUGAAUUCGAUAGCAUACUAAAAUCUCAAGAUUCUCCUUUUGAUAGACAAUCUUCCUUUGUAUCUAGACAAAGACCUUAAACUGCAAUUAUAAUGAAUCAAAAAAAAAAAAAUGGCUGGUCUUUUCUAACUACUAAAAACUACCAUAAAUAAUGA